UCAGAGUAUGGCGAGGUGGCUUUUGCAUUCUAAACCAAUGCGCUUACUCCACUGUUUGCUCAUAUUGCUCGUUUGGUCUGUCUCUUGCACCGACUUUGAUGACUUGUUCCAAUCAAAUUGGUCGCCCGAUCAUAUCCUCAUUCAACAAGAUCACGUCAACUUAACACUCGACUCUGUUUCUGGGUGUGGGUUUGAAUCUAAGAAGAAGUAUCUAUUCGGAAAAGCCAGUGUCCAAAUCAAACUAGUGGAAGGCGACUCUUCAGGGACAGUGACAGCCUUCUACAUGGCAUCAGAGGGGCCGAACCACGAUGAGCUAGAUUUUGAGUUUCUAGGAAAUUUGUCGGGACAACCAUAUCUAGUUCAAACCAAUGUGUAUGCUAAUGGCACCGGGAACAGAGAGCAAAGGCACACUCUUUGGUUUGACCCCACUACUGAUUUUCAUACUUAUUCCCUCUUCUGGAAUCGCCACUCUAUAGUGUUUCUAGUUGACAAUAUUCCCAUAAGAGUGUUUGAGACCAAAGGAGAAAGCGGUGUGGCAUACCCCAGAAACCAAGCCAUGGGCUUUAGAGGUUCCAUAUGGAAUGCGGGUGACUGGGCAACACAAGGAGGAAGAGUUAAAACCAAUUGGAGCAACGCGCCAUUUGUGGCUACAUUUCGAUCUUUUGACAUUAAAGCUUGCGAAUUGGAGCCGGAGGAGGAUGCAGAGGCCAAGUGUGGGAUGCCAAGGCAAUUCUGGUGGGACAAGCCUUCGUUAAGAGGGCUAACCAGGCACAAAGCACACCAACUGAAGUGGGUUCGUGCAAGGCAUUUGGUAUACGAUUAUUGUAAAGAUUCUGUGAGGUUCACGGAAUUACCCAGGGAAUGUACCUGACAUAUCAUUUCGUGUACCCUUUUCAAA